UUGCCGUACUCACGGGAUGUGUUGUUUGUUGCAGAAAUGUACCGGCUGUUUGGGGACGGGCUGGGGGCGCCGCCCAUAGCGGGAGGGCGUGCCAGGUUCGAGUGUCCUGUGUGCGCCAAGGUGCUGAGUACCAGUCAUGGACUCAGAAGGCACAUAAAUGACCGUCACACAGUGCACCUCACCUCUUACCGCUGCUACGUCUGCAACAAAGAAUACCGCACGCCCAAUAGUCUACAAAAUCAUAUGUAUGUGUACCACAAAAGAGAAGGGAAGAGCUGAGGAGAACGACGGUCGCUUAGAGUGUCCACAUUGCCACAAAAUGUUGAAGGGUACAAGUCUGCGCAAACACCUCGAGGACAUGCACACUGUCCACCUCACACCUUACGAGUGCAAGAUCUGUCACAGGUUCUACCGCACUCCCAACAGCCUGCAGAACCACAGUAGCCGCUACCAUCGUCGCCAGCGGACCGACUCCUCCGGACCCUCGGAGUAUGAAGCUUCCAGCGCCCCGCCCUUCUCCACCGCCUCCAUGACUCCCGUCGCGGUGCCGCAGCAGUUGUCGUCGUUGCUGGCGGCCGCCGCAGCCGCCCGCGCCACCACGCACUUGAGCCCCCGCACCCCAGGACUGAGCAACGGGGCGCCACCGCCGCCUCCAGAGCACCAUCUGCCGGGGGACAAAGCCACAUCGUUCAGUGACAUCUUCAACUGAGACGGAGCGCGUGACACGGCUCAAGAAAACCUUCUCGUUACCUUAAGACAUGAAUGUAUGAUGCUUGAGUGCAGUGACAUGUUUCUUUGACAACAACAUGUGUGGAGCACUAACAUGCCCCCUCCCUCCCGAGGGGCGGGAGAGGGGAAGCCCCGCGAGACUGGAUUGUAACAACGCUUUUCUCUCCUGUUGCAGGGAGGCCCAGCAUUCUGUACACGCCAGUAGAGUGUCCGAUAUGUAAACGCCGGUUCUUCAAUAAGUACUCGGCCAAAAGACACAUGAUUCAGGCGCACGGGGAGAACCGCUUUCACACCCGCCCGUACGCCCGCGCGGACCCCAACUCUACCUCUACCUUCAGUGCUGC